GCGGGAGCAAUUGCUGCGGCCGCAUCCUCGCCUUCACCGGGCCCCCGGGUACUCAGGGCCACCUCUGGGCCAGCGGGGUGGGACCAGCCUCCCCAGCCUGCCAGGCCCCCACCCUCUACACCCAGGGCCAGCAGCCCAGCUCUUCUGAAACUGCAGGGCCUGCGAGGUCUUUGGAGGCCACCGCCAAGAGAGGGGAGGCAGCAUCUUCAAACCCUCGGUGGUGCGGCCUUGCCAGGAGCCAAGCGCCAUCCGGCAAACACUCACCUCGGCUUCACCGGAGCGUGCAAGCCCCUGGGAAUUCCCAGGAACCCUCUCUCAGAGGGAGACCGUGGAAGGCAGGACACUGACAGCCCUUCAGUCCCGGGCCGGGGGUUGUCAGUGACUGAGCUGGACGGAUUGGACUUGCUUGUAGCCUCCGGCUGGUGAGGCCUCACUAUCACGUCGACUUUGGGAAGGGAUCGUGGCAUCCUGGAGAAUUUUGUGGAUUCCCGAGGCAGCUCAGGUGUGCACCAGCGGGCAUACUGCUGCCUCCGAGAGCUAGGCAAGAUGCUGUUUGGCGUAAAGGACAUUGCACUGUUGGAGCACGGGUGCAAGGCCCUAGAGGUGAACAGUUACAAGUCCCUGAUGAUCCUGGGCAUCCCCGAGGACUGCAACCACGAGGAAUUUGAAGAGACCAUACGGGUCCCCCUCAAACCGCUGGGCAAGUUCGAGGUGGCUGGGAAGGCCUUUCUGGAAGAAGACAGAUCCAAGGCAGCCAUCAUAAGGCUAGCGGAGGACAUCAACUACUCGGUGGUCCCCAGGGAGAUCCAGGGCAAGGGAGGGGUGUGGAGAGUGGUCUACAUGCCCCGGAAGCAGGACGUGGAAUUCCUGACCAAGCUGAACCUCUUCCUGCAGAGCGAGGGCAGGACCGUGGAGGACGUGGCCCGGGUCCUGAGGCAGGAACUGUGCCCCUCAGCGACGGGCCCCAAUGGGCUGCCCGCAAGACAGUGCUGUGCGCCCGGGCCGGGGGAGAAGCCGGGAGCUGGAGCCACCGCCCGGGUGGAUGAGACGCCGCCGCUGGACUCCUUGAAGAAGGAGAGCAAAGCUGGGGAUGGCAAGAGGGGCAAAAGGAGGCCCAAGAAAAACCGCCGCCGGCACCGUGCAUCCGACAAGAAGCUGUGAGAUUUGGUUGCACACCACAGUCCCAGGCACUGUUCAAGUUGCUGGGGAACAAACCCAACAAAAUCUUUGCCUCCGUAGCACUCAUGUUAGUGGGUAACAUCUGAGUUACUUGGAUCCAUCUGAGCGAGUGUGGGAACUCUUUGAGUAGACGUGGUGAAAGCCCAGUGAGUAUAACAUCUGCUUGAGUGUGGGUCAUUCACUCGUUCAUUUACGUAACAAAUAUUUCCUGAGCACCUACGGUAUGCCAGGCGCUGUUCUAGACCCUGGGGAUACAGAAGGGAACAAAACAGACCAAAAUCGUUGCACUCGUGGCACUCAUAUUAAAUAUUUGAGUAGUGUCGGUAACCUUUUGAGUUACUUGAACAUAUGGGUGAGCGUGGGUACCAUUUGAGUGUGGGGGUCGCAUCUGAGUACGAGUACCAGUAAUAUAUGAGUUCGAGUGGGUAAUAUUUGAGUAGUCGUGGGUAACACCUGAGCGUGUGUAACCUCUGAAGAAGGGAGCCUCUCAAAGACCCACCAACUUCCAGCAACGGCGAGACCCCGAGGGACCAGCCGCGCAGUCGCAGUCGGCGCCGAAGCGGAGCAGCGCGUCUGACUGUUGCCAUGGGGACUGCAAGCCGCUCCCGGCGCCUGCGCAAGUGUGUGCAGCAAAUGGAAAAGAAACAUGGUUGGCAAUUCCAAGGUUUUGCAGGUCUCUUACCAGAGAUGAGGGAAAAACCAAGCAGAUCCCGAAAUGGAAAACCCUGCUCUAGAGAAAGGCCGAGAUCCCCCGCGGCCCCAUAUUUGGAGCAGCCUGCUCUUGCUGAGUGUGUGGGUGGGGAUGUUCUACGGCCCCCUCUAGUUUGGGGCCCUGCUGGAAACCCCCUCAUUGCAAAGCUUAGAGCCGUUUUCUGUCUUUCAAAAAGAUGUACUUUGUGCCGCUGGCACGCGUCCGGAGUGGGCACCUUGUUUUGCACAGACCAAGCAGAAACCAUGGGGGACUCGUGAGCUGCCUGCUCGCCCCUUCUGAGGAAAUCACUGCCCCUGUGUGACUGUAAAACGCUGUCGCUGUUCUUUACAGGCCGAGUGGCCCUUACCGGGGUGGCCAGGCGUCGGACCCUUCUGCCUUGAUUGCACACCAUCCUGUCGGCCUCUGGAGUUAGGGUGUGGGUUCCCCCCACCCCCCGCCUCAAAUCCCAGAAGCUCUGACUUGGGGCGGGGGUGGGGAGCGAGGGCGGGUGGGGGGAGUGCGGGUACUCCACUCCCUAAAGUGUAAAAGGCAAGACUUGCAAGCAGUGAUCCAGAGGAUGUUAACAAUUAGGAGGUCAUCUCCAAGAGUCCUUAAUUAACAACUUUAAUACGGACUUCCCAACUCUGAAGUCUGAGUCCCCUGUGGUGGCAAAGAGAAAAAAAAAAGGAAAGGAAAAGGAAAAAAUCAGGUAAAAUCUAAAUAUACAGGGGUAGACAAAUCUCUUCUGCAGAGGUCUAUGACCCGUGAAUUUGCCAAAUUUCCUUAGUUCAGGGAUCUGCAAAGGUUUGAGCUGAAUUUCUUUUCAAAAAUGUAAUUCACACACACACACACACACAUACACACACACACACACACACAGUUUUCUUAUCUAUCAAACUGUAACGCUGGAGACCUCCGAUAGGUUAUUGUGUUGGGCGUCAGUCACAUUUGUGAAUUCCAACAUCUGAGCCUUUUUCUUAUUUCCGGGAGGCUGCCCCAUUUUACCCUCCUAUUAGAGUCAAAAACUGAAGGUUCUCUUUGCAAUCCCACCCUGGCAACCAGGGUACAGGUAAGGGAUCCACUCUCAGGAAGUUGAAGCCCGUUUUAGGUCCUUGAGCUCCCAGCAAGUGUCAAGAACAGAAGGAAUUUUAGAAUUCACUUCAUUGACAAAUGAAUUGCCAGCUGCCUACCUAAAACCUCGAAGACUGAUUUCUGUCCGUUUCCCAAGCUGUCUCUCUAGCAUCUAGUUUCAACAUCCUUUUCUUUUAUGCAACAGUCAGGAUAAAAUUUUUCCUGCCAUCUCAACACAUAUAUUUGAACUUCUUGGGAGUGCAUCCACGAUCGAGAAGUUUGUAGCUCUAUAUUGGUCACUUUAUUCCUUGUAAAUUUCAACCCAAGCAUGUGCACUCACAUAAUAUUGUACUACUGCAUUCAUCUUUCCAUCACAGAGUAUGUGCUCGAAUAAAUGCCACACAAGACUCAGGAGUAUUUGUUCGUUGCAUGCUGUACUUCCAUCAAAGCCUAAUAGUUGUAUAGUAACAAGGGGUGGUGUGACAUUUCUUAUCAUACUGCAGUAUCCAAACUGUAUUUACGCUUAUUAUGGGUGUCAGGUGUUUCCCACACAGCCUUGAUAUUAGUGACACACAGCGUGAACGGUUGUUCAAUGUGGCCAGUGAAACAAAAAUUUCCUACCACUUCUCUUUCAAGUUUUCCCAGACUAGUUAAGGAGUUUUCUGGGAUUACAAUGCACCUGUUAUGUCAAACUGUUACCAUUUGAAGUUACUUAUCUGUUUGUAAAGACGCUGUUGGCACAGUAGAUCCCAAACAAAAAUUAAUAAGUAAAUUGGAUGUGCUGGCCAGUGGGAGACUGCAAGUGGCCUUUGCAAACCCCUAAUUUCAAAGGUGGGUUCAGUUAUAGCCCUUCAUUGUCCUUUGUGAUUGAUGUGAUGUUGUACAAAUGUGAACUUAUACAAUAAAUGUAUGCUAAUGAAAUCA